UAUGUGCGUGUGUGUGUGUGUGUGUGUGUGUGUGUGUGUGUGUGUGUGUGUUCUGUUCAACACGACGUUCACUUCUCCGCUGCAGUUACAUGAUAACACACUGACAGGCGAUCAGGAGGUGGGAGAUUAUGGAGGCUCAGAGUCAUUGACUUCACCACUACAUACACACAUCAUAUGGACUCAGCACUCACACACUAGCAGCCACUAGCACCAUGCUCCACCGGAGUAUGAGGACAGCCGGGGUGGAUCUUCCAGAGGUGGGGUCAAAAGAUGUCCCUCUUAUCGGCUACCGUCCCCUCCCUCCGGACGCCGGGCAGUUGGCGAAGGACACCGACACCAGAGAACGCGCCUCCUCUCAGGUUGAAGCCUCCCCCAUGAAAACCACUUGGUACUGCCCACUGGACCUGUCGACUGUUUCUGAGAAGGAGGAAGACGACAUCAUCUACACGGUGAUCGUGAAGCCACAGCACAGCGACCCCAAGGCACAGUCGUCAUGUCAGCGCUCGCAGUGUGUGAAAGCCGGGACAGAGGAGAAGCUGGUCCUUCACCUCCUCCACUCCUUCUCCAUGGAGGACACGUCCUUCAUCUCCAUUUUCCUCUCCACCUACCGCUCCUUCACCACCACUGAGAGGGUGCUGGACAUCUUGACAGACAGGUUGGGAAAUCCACCAGGAGACAGCGGCAGUCCUACACGUCAGACCUUUAACAAGGCCGUGUGUACCGUGUUCAGCACGUGGCUGAGCGAAUACCCGGAGGACUUCCACUGUCUGGGUGAACCCUCACGCCUGCUCCGCCUCACACCCCUGAUGCCAGACCAGACAGGGUCAGAGGUCAAAGGUCGUCUGCUAAAGAUUGCGGAGGACCUCAGUGACAAAUCCCUGAUUCCUGAAUCUACUUUAAAUGCUGCCUCAAAUCCUUUUCUCCCAAAUCCAUCUCCUGACCUGUCAAAUUUUGAGGCCACCAACAUCCUGGCUUUUCCCUCGAGCGUCAUCGCCGAGCAGCUGACCAAGAUCGAGACGGAGCUGUUUCUGAAGCUGGUGCCGUAUCACUGUCUGGGCUCGCUGUGGUCUCAGAGAGAUAAGAAAGGCCGCGAGGGUGUGUGCUGGUCGGUCCGAGCCACGGUGCGUCAGUUUAAUCGCCUGGCUAACGCCGUGACAGCGUCGUGCCUGUGGCAGACGGAGCUGAAGACCCAGCAGAGGACUCGCCUUCUGGAGAAGUGGAUCAGCGUAGCCGAGGCUUGCAGAAUCAGGAAGAACUUCUCGUCCUUGUACGCCAUCGUGUCUGCGCUGCAGAGUAACCCCAUUCACAGGCUGAGGAAGACGUGGCAGGAGACGGACCGGGAGGCGAUGAAGCGCUAUGAGGAACUGGCCUCCAUCUUCUCCGAGAAAGACAAUUACUCGCAGAGCCGAGAGCUGCUCAAAGAAGAAGGAACUUCUAAAUCCGCUAACGUCGACACUAAACUCAACAACAGAAGACACACGUCCAAUGCUCAGGGCACCGUCCCGUACCUGGGCAUCUUCCUGACUGACCUCACCAUGCUUGAUGCCGCAGUCAAAGACAGACUAGAUAACGGCUACAUCAACUUCGACAAACGGCGUCGAGAGUUUGAGGUUCUCGCCAAAAUACGCCUCCUCCAGUCAUCAUGCAGAAACAGCACUUUCCAUACAGACGAGUCGUUCAUGCGCUGGUACCACAGCGUCCCCACGCUGAGGGAGGACGAAAGCUACAGACUGUCCAAUCAGAUCGAGCCUCAGGGGGAACCGAGUCCAGGGCGUCUAAUGCAUCCUACUGUGGUCAUUACGGAGUGUCCUGAUGCUCUCUCUGCUAUGACAUGUUCAGGAAUGGAUGAUGGAAUAUUUGAUUUCCCUUCACCUGUCAAUCACCUGCUCUCCAGGCUGGCCAAGCACAUGAAAUCCCCUUCCGUUUCCUGUCUGGAUGUCGAAGCUUCCCCUCCACCCAAUGACCCCACCCCCACUGCCGAGACCUCACCCAAUAACAUCUCAAAAACCCACCGGCGCUCCGUCUCGUGCGGCAACAAUCCGUCCAAUCAUGCACGGGGGGCGGGGCCAGACAUGCGGAUCGUCAAGAUACGGAUGGAUAUACAGGACGGGAAUUUAUAUCGCAGCAUUCUGGUUAGCAGCAACGAUAAAAGUCCCACUGUGAUCAGCGCAGCAUUAGAGAAGCACAACCAGGACCCCCGAGAGGCCUCCAAAUAUGAGCUCAUCCAACUGCUUCCUGACGGAAAAGAGCUGACAAUACCUGCCACAGGAAACGUGUUCUACGCCAUGAGCUCGGCUAGCGUGGACUUCCUGUUGAGGAGACGAGGAGGAAACACGCCGCUGGGAUCGCCGUCGCUGAACAAUGAGACCAGCGCAACUUUUCCACGAAUCAAGGCCAAGGGGCGGAGGCUGGUCCGAACACUCUUUUAACACGUUUUUACUUUUUUCAGCAGAAACGAACAUGCGGAGUAACAUUUCUAAGCUCACUUUAACAUACAGGAGAAACGAUUAAAACGAUUUUUUUUUUUUUCUCCUUUCUUUUAACUUGAUCUCGAUCUACACCAUUGUGUGUGAAUCUGUGUGAAAUUAAACGCGGGUCCAUGAAGCGAGGGGAAAAUGAAACCCAAAACUGUUCGCUUCACACUUAAAACGUAAUGAAGGUCUAAGGGCUGAUGGUGAACUUUAAUUAUUAUAUAUUUAAAACACCUGAACUGUGAAAGAAACGGAUGUGUUUCGAGGCUAAUUCUGGCUAGCGUUAGCUACCUGCAUUUAAGCUAGCAUUUUUAGUAUAAUGAACACUUUGUGCCAGUCUUAUCCUCACAUCUCUGUUGUUUAACAGCUAGAUUAAUUUGUCCUUUAUACAGUCGCACACUUUAAACGUCUGUCCUUAUUCUUCCAUUACAAGUGAAAGAGGAGUUCUGGAGUAAAACCUGUCGGUGAUCACACUUCCACUCCACUUCCACUACAGUGUGUAGAUCUGAUCGUAAACUCCUCAGAGAAUGACUUUAAGAGUAUAAAGUGUGGGUUGAAAUGAAUCGGCUGCUUCGGCUAAAAGCUCCACUGGUUUUUUUUCCAGAAGUUCAACUAAGACUGCUGUGAGACCGAGAGCGAUGCCUGUCCCACGUCGCCGACCGACGUUCUACCUCGAACGGAGCGAUACCCUUAUUAGCUUCAGCUAACCCGUGAGAACGCUGCGAUGAAAUACGACUACGAAACUACAACUGUGACCGCACCGAACCACGUGUAGCACUUAAGGGUACUAACGCACGUUAACAUCCUACAGCGAAUUUACUUCAGGCAGCGAUAAAAAAAAAACUCACUGCCACUUUUAUAACCAAGUAUGCAAACAAGAGGUUCUGCCUAAAGCUCGUACACUGUCCACGUUUAUCAUCUCAUACCCAAGCAGCGAUGAAGCUUUUGAUUGUAUAUUACAUACCGUAUGUCAGAUACCGCGAGCUCACUGAGAAACGCAACACUAAGUAAGUAAAUGGAUGUGUGAUGUUUAUUAUAACGUAAGGCACUGGUUCUAGCUUUAAGUCAGCGCUGUGUCUGAUGUUCUGAUGAACCCUGAGCCGCUCGUGCGCUCGAGCUCCGAACGCUCUUGAAGUCUGGUGUGAACUGAAGCACCGGAGCUCGCGGCUCGGCGAGCGCAGGGUUGAGGAGCUGUUUCUGGGUUUGUUUUUGGUUUUGUGAUGAAGUGCCUUGUUAUAUCAAGUGUUCUCGCUUCUGCCUUGUCGCUCAGGAUAAGCUCAUGUUGUACAUUCACCUCUGUAUAGAUAAAAAAACUGGGUUUAUGCAAAUGUACACCACUUAUUCUUGUACGCAAUAAAUUUUCAUUUUGAUACACGGCG